CACUGAGAGGCAACGGUCAGCACACAACCAAAGCCACACGGAUCGCAAAACAAAAACGAAAAAGAGGAAAAAAAAAACUUGCUAUUGCCUUAUACGGACCAGUUUUUCUUUCUGUUUUGGUUUCCGUUUCUGUUAUUGUUUUAAUUUAAUGCAUUUUGAACAUUUUCGCCGAUUUAAAUAGGCAAACCAAAACAAAAGCCAGUCCACAGCCUCAGGCAUUGCCUCUCCAGUCAGUCCAGGCCUUCAGUCUUGCUCUUAACACUCUGGCAUCAACAUGGGUCUGCCAGUCACUACAGUGAAGCAUCUGCUGCUGUUGCUCAAUUUUAUUUUCGGUGUGCUUGGCAUAGUGCUGAUUGCCUUUGGCAUAUUCUUUUUGAUCAGCGCCGCAGAGAAUGCGGUAAGCAUCGGUGAGAAUGUAGCUGGGGGUCUGAUAAUUGGCCUGGGCAUUGUUAUACUGAUCAUUGCAAUCUUUGGCUUUCUGGCGGCCAUACAAGAGGCACCUGUUCGAUUACUAAUUUAUGUUGGGGCUGUUGUUUUGGUAAUACUCGCCCAGCUGCUAUUCCUUAGCAUGGCAUCCCAUGGGACUAAGGAUGGCAUAUCGGGUAGUAUCAAUGAAGGAUUCGAUCAACUCUGGGAUGCCGAACGUACUGAGUCUGGAGCCUUGGCUUACUAUGAGAAUUGGUUGCAAUGCUGUGGAGUUAAUAGUUCCGAGGAUUAUUGGAUAAUCCAUCAUGCUAUACCUGCCAGUUGUUGUAUCGAUCACAAGUGUGUGGAUAAAUCCAGUGUAUAUCCAUCAGGUUGUAAGGCUAAGUUUGUGGAGUAUUUGGAUGACAAAUUGUUGGUAUUCAAAAUUGUUUGCUGGCUGCUCAUUAUUGGCGAGGCUGUGGGAGCUGUCUUUGGCUGGCUAUUGUUUAGCACCUUAAAGAAUGAAGGUCGUCGAAAUAAUGCCGUCUGGAUGUAACUUUAGUUAACAAAGUUCAAAGUAUUAAUUAAGUAACUUUUACUUCUUGUUGAUCAAACUAAUAAUUUUAAUAAUUUUAAUAAUAAAACAAACCAAACAUAUUUUUC